GUGCCUGCCAGAAUGAUCCCAGGCUUUGUUGACUGUCCCCUGCAGCUGACCUUGGUGACCUGCAGCCAUCCAUCCACUGGGUUCACAUUCCCAGCCACAGAGUAGCCAGGCCUGGUUACAAGCCACACUGUUUCCUGGGGUCUAAUCUUGGUCAGGCCAGCAUCAGGCAGCCUGGCUAUUCACAGAGCCUUUGCUCAUAGCCCACAGCAGACCGUCUCACAUAGUUAACACAGCUUCAGGAGCAUCUGCAAAUGGGACCUGGAGUUGGUACCUUUCAAAGGAAAGCAUCUAGCAGGUUACGGGGCUCUGUAGGGCCCUGCUCAGCUAGGGUUAUGUCUGAUACACUGGAAGGCAAAGCUGAGUGGGGCAGUACAGUUCACUCUGAAUAUGGCCUCUGGCUUAGGUGCCACCUGCACUUUUCCUUAGAAGCAUCCCUGCCCCCUCGUCCCCAGGAGUCUGCUCACCCACAGCUCUUUUGUAAGACAGCAGACAGUGGCGCCUGGUAGCCAUCUCUUGAUCUCCUGGCUAGACCAGGCUCUUAUUACCCUGCCGCCUGGGUCAGGAGGUCAGACAAAGGGUCACACAGACUUUUUCCUUCCUGUCUCUGAGAAAACCACUCCCUGGGGACCUCUGGAGCCACAGAAAGGGUUUGGAAAGGCAGAUUCCAGGCAGGCCCUUUGUCUUGCCACCAGCUUUGAUCUCCCUGCCCUCCCCCACAGUGGUGGAGCCUCUAGUCCAGUUAAAGAAUGGAUGCUGGCCCUCAUGGUGGGUUGUUGGGGCAAGGUUUGAAUGUACUCAGAUCCCUGAGCAACAUCUAGGAUGCUUUCUUUUUGAAGGAUGUGCUUGGCCAUCCCUUGAGACAACCACAUAUCCAGUCCUAUGUAUGGUCAGUUUGGUGGCUUCGCUGUGCCCUUGUUUAUACUAUGUACCACUGCCAUGAGACUCUUGGCCAGUGUGCACGGAUUGUCUGUUUCCACCCAGACAAGGUAGUCAUUUUAUUUUAUACCUGCCUUGCCCAUCUGAAGGCACUCAGUGGCAUAGCACCCUGGCAAUGGAACCAGGAACCCUGUUUAGAGAAACAGGUGUGUCUGGUAGGGUAAAUCCUGCUGAGCUGUGCCCUCAACUGGUGAGCUGGCCAAAGCCUGACAGGGCUUGUUUUUUGUUUUUUGUUUUUUUGAGACAGUGUCUCCUUAUGUAGCCAGGCUGGCCUGGAAUUUACUACAUAGCUGUGGGCUGGGCUCAGUCUGAACCCACCUGCCACCAUCCCCUCACUGCUGAGAUUACAGGUAUGCACCACCAUGCCAGGCACCCCAGCAGGUUUUUUAUUCUACGACAAGACCUGCUGUAAGUGUGAAUCAUGAAGGGUCCUGGAAGAGAACAGAACCUCUACCACCUGCCAGCUGAAGAUGUGCCCUAAUAUCCCUUGUGACAGGUGCCAUCUUCGGCUGCCUUUGGAGAAAACCCAGGCUAGUAGUCAGCUAGGGCUGGAGACUGGAGGGCUGAGGACAAAAGCUGAAAUCUACCAGCCCUGCCCCUCCUCCCUGGGCAGAGGGUGGGAGGGUCUUUAAGGAGACUUUGAUCCCUGCUGGGCUUCAGCUCCUAGAGGGAGGGGCUCGGAUUACAGCGUCCCCCUCCCUGGUUUAGCCAGCCCUUCUCCGCCCCUUGGUGACCCUAGUGGUCAGUUGCUCUGAGCUUCAGGGCCUCUGGCCCCUCCCCAGCCCUUCCUCUUCUUCCAUUCCCAGUCCUAUGCUGACCAGAGCCUGUGAGCCACCCACAGUGGUUGGGAGAGGGCCAGCCAGUACUUUGUGGACAGGUUCUGAGAGACCCCAGAAUACCUAUUCACAUUGCCAGAAAGGAGCAUCAGCUGUGUGCUCUAGCCUUUGGGGGGGUUGGGCCAAAGAGUCACAGAAGAGGGUCCUUGGAGGCCGGGGUAGCAGUCCUAGGCCAGGACCCUGUAAGGCGGAUGCCUGUAGGGAGUCCUGGCUCCACGGGUGGCUGGCGGCCACACACUCCCACCCCCUGGCCCUGUGGUCCCCAUGCCUGCCCCACAGCCAUUCCUGCCUCUGCUCUUUGUCUUCGGGCUCAUCCACCUGACCUCGGAGACCAACCUGCUGCCAGAGCCUGGAAGCCACCCUGGCAUGUGCCCCAACCAACUCAGCCCCCACCUGUGGGUGGACGCCCAGAGCACCUGUGAGCGUGAGUGCACCAGGGACCAGGACUGUGCGGCAUCUGAGAAGUGCUGCACCAAUGUGUGUGGGCUGCAGAGCUGCGUGGCGGCCCGCUUCCCCGGUGGUGGCCCAGCUGUACCUGAGACAGCAGCCUCCUGCGAAGGCUUCCAAUGCCCACAACAGGGUUCUGACUGUGACAUCUGGGACGGACAGCCGGUUUGCCGCUGCCGUGACCGCUGUGAGAAAGAACCCAGCUUCACUUGUGCUUCUGAUGGCCUCACCUAUUACAACCGCUGCUAUAUGGACGCAGAGGCCUGCCUGCGGGGUCUCCACCUGCAUGUUGUACCCUGCAAGCACAUUCUCAGUUGGCCACUCAGCAGCCCAGGACCGCCUGAGACUACUGCUCGACCAACCCCUGGGGCUGCUCCCAUGCCACCUGCCCUGUACAACAGCCCCUCACCACAGGCAGUACACGUCGGGGGAACAGCCAGCCUCCACUGUGAUGUUAGCGGCCGUCCACCACCUGCUGUGACUUGGGAGAAGCAGAGCCAUCAGCGGGAGAACCUGAUCAUGCGCCCUGACCAGAUGUAUGGCAACGUGGUUGUCACCAGUAUUGGGCAGCUAGUGCUCUACAAUGCCCAGUUGGAGGAUGCAGGCCUGUAUACCUGCACUGCACGUAACGCUGCUGGCCUGCUGCGGGCUGACUUCCCCCUCUCAGUUUUACAGCGGGCAAAUACUCAGGACAGGGACCCAGGUGUCCUAGCCCUGGCUGAGUGCCAGCCUGACACACAGGCCUGUGUUGGGCCCCCCACCCCUCAUCAUGUCCUCUGGCGCUUUGACCCACAGCGAGGCAGCUGCAUGACCUUCCCAGCCCUCAAAUGUGAUGGAGCUGCCCGGGGCUUCGAGACCUACGAGGCAUGCCAACAGGCCUGUGCCCGUGGCCCUGGGGAUGCCUGCACACUACCUGCGGUUCAGGGCCCCUGCCAGGGCUGGGAGCCACGCUGGGCCUACAGCCCACUGCUACAGCAGUGCCACCCCUUUGUCUACAGUGGCUGUGAAGGCAAUAGCAAUAACUUUGAGAGCCGGGAGAGCUGUGAAGAUGCUUGCCCUGUACCACGCACACCACCAUGUCGUGCCUGCCGCCUCAAGAGCAAGCUGGCUCUGAGCUUGUGCCGGAGUGAUUUUGCUAUUGUGGGUCGACUCACAGAGGUACUGGAGGAGCCAGAGGCUGCAGGUGGCAUUGCUCGUGUGGCCUUAGAUGAUGUGCUCAAAGACGACAAGAUGGGCCUCAAGUUCUUGGGCACCAAAUACCUGGAGGUGACCUUGAGUGGCAUGGACUGGGCCUGCCCAUGCCCCAAUGUGACAGCUGGUGAUGGGCCUCUGGUCAUCAUGGGUGAGGUUCGGGAAGGGGUGGCCAUGUUGGAUGCCAACAGCUAUGUCCGUGCUGCCAGCGAGAAGCGAGUCAAGAAGAUUGCAGAGCUGCUUGAGAAGAAGGCUUGUGAACUGCUCAACCGCUUCCAAGACUAGCUUUAUCCAUAAUCCCCAUUCUUGCCCUCCUUCCUGCUGAAUAAAUGUCUGUACCUGUGGGA